AUGUGCCCUGAACUCAAUUCAGAGAACGAUUCUAUACGUAGACGCUCAAUAAAUCUUCUUGGUAAGUUGUUAUCUGACACGACGUUGUUUUUUGACGACCAAACGGCGCAAGUGUUUUUUGAUUUUUUCUACAAACGGCUUGGGGACGUAGCAGUUGCAGAAGAAUUGUUAAAGGCGAUGAACUCUCUGUAUGAGAGAUUUCCUGCAGCAAUGAGCAACUCUGUUCUUCCUUGCAUCCAAUAUCUUGCCAAAGACAUUCGUGUGGGAACCUUCAAAUACUCCUCCCGCAAGCUCGUAUACAAUCUGCUUACCUCCUUUUUCACGGACCCUCCAUCCUCACUUCAGUCACACGACGAAGAGAUCGGAAGUUCCAUCAUCGAAAACGAGAAGGAUCCCCGCGGUGUAGUUCAGGUCUGCCGCCUCCUCCACCUGACCCUUCUCCACUUCCCGCAUCUGUCCCCCAACACCCUCAACGACCUGGAGAUGCUUGGCAUCGGCUACUUCCCGGUCACCUACGUCACGCCUCCGCUCGUUUCCGGAAACAUCGAUCUCGUCACCUCCGACGCCGUCAAAACCGCGGUAAUCGAAGCCAUCACCUCGAUUCAGCGCUGCACGCCGCUGCUUCUCCCCUAUCUGGAGACCUCUCUGCGCGACACCUCGCCGAAUUCGAAAGAACAAGCCGCUCUGGCGCUGCUGCGUCUCAUCGAGAAGCACGGCUGGAGCCGCGCCAUGACUCCCGACGCCGCCAUGACCGACGCCGAAGCCGACCGCUGGAGCGACCUCAUCCUCAGCGAGUUCGUGGAGGCGCCCGCCAAGUCCACGCAGGAAACCGCGCUGCUGCAGGUGAUCGAGCGCGUGACCCGCGGGAGCGAGCGGGAAUGGCGGGAGCGCUGGGCGGCGCGUGCGCGUGCGUUCGUGGAGAAAAACCCGGUCAAUGGAGAAGUGGAGCACUGGACGUGGGUGCUGCGGUGCGCCGCGCUCGCCGAUCCCGCCUUCUUCGACCAGUAUUCCCGCGAUUUGUGGAACUCCAUUGCCGCCACCGAGAACCGGGACAUCGCGAACAGCCUGCUGGCGGUGCUGCUGCAGGUGUUGCUGCCGCAUUCCGUGGAGGAACUUCGACAUGUCCCCUUUUUGGAGCAGAUUGGGGACAGGAUUGAGCGGAGCGUGUCCCAAUUAACGAUUCUGUCGUACCGGUCGCUCCCGAACGACGCGGUUCCGUACAUAUUGGUACAUAUUGUGCACAAUGUCCCGAUUAUGAAUUAG